CGGCUCUGGGACGCAGGGCCGGGAGCUGGGGUGCCCUCCCGGGAGCUCCACUGCGACCGCGACCGCGACCGCGAGGCGGGGGCGCCGUCGCUCACCAGCCCAUGCCGAGCCCCCGAGCCCCGCGGAGGAGGCGGGACCGUCCGCGGCGGGACAGGCUCUCUGAAGACUGCUCGGCUGGCCCAGGCUCCCGUCCCCAGCAGCUGCCCCCAGAAUGGAGAGUCUGAGUGAACUACAGAAUCCGCUGCUGCCCAGGAACCCUGCCCAACUCCAUGGCCCCUAUCCCUACCCGGAGGCCCCACCCAGCUGGUCCUGCCAGGAAAAGCUCUACUCCUACCUCCUAGGCAGCGCUGGCCCUGCCAGAGCCCACCAGCUCCUGGACCCAGGGUCCUUGCAGCUGGCUGUGGAGGCCUGGUACCGGCCCAGCUGCCUCCUGGGGAGAGACAAGGUCAAGGAGCCCAGGCCAGGCAGCUGUGAGACCAGCUUCACAGAGGACAGGGAGCCGCAGGAGGGGCCCACAGAGCAGCCCACGGGACCUGGCCAAGCUGCAGAGAAUGUCACCAUCCAGACUGUGUCCUACGGGGUACAAGAGGAGCUGCGGGGCCAGGAGGAUGACCAGGACGAAGAGGAGAGCGAUGCCACUUCAACAGAGAGUGAAAGUGAAGACAACUUCCUCACGCUGCCUCCCAGGGACCACCUGGGCCUUACUCUUUUCUCCAUGCUCUGCUGCUUCUGGCCACUGGGCAUUGCUGCCUUCUACUUCUCCCAGGGGACCAGCAAGGCCAUCUCCAAAGGGGACUUCCGCCUGGCCAGCACCACCUCCCGCCGGGCCCUCUUCCUAGCCACACUCGCCAUCGCCGUGGGGGCUGGUCUCUACGUGGCCGUGGUGGUGGCUCUGGCAGCUUACAUGUCCCAGAAUGGCCAUGGCUAGUAGCCAGUAGGGCCUGCAUCCUGACUCCCCUGCCCACCUGAGGAAGCAGUGGGGCUUGGUGUUGCAGACCCUGUGGAAAGGCCGAGCCCCCCAAGAGUGGCUUGCUGAGGGGGGACUCCCAUUCUGCAGCCUGCAGAGCUCAGUCUUCACUUUUGCUUGCCCAGUGCUCCCAGCCCCAGAGCAGGGCCCGGGGCACCACUCUCUAACCCAGGCUGCAGAUGGGAAGCAGAAGGCAGGACUGCCCACCAGGCCAUCCCAGCAGGGCCUCACUCAGUCCAUUCUGCCCAUUCCCUAGAGGAUCUCCUGCCAUGCAGCCAGCCCACCACCUACCCAGCCAACCACCCCACAGAGCAAGAGCAGGAGGUUACAGGGAGGAAAAGGGGUGCCCAGGGGACAAAGGGACUUGUCCCAAUCCUUUCGGCCCAUAAGGAUCUUCACCUGGGGACAUCCUGAGCUUCCCCCAACUCUACUCUGGCCCCAUCAUGCCCAGACCUCAGCAGGCCAGGAAGGAAAUAGAUGGAGGCAAGGAGGCCUCUUGCUGUUUCUGAUUCUAGAGGGUGCUGAUCUCCCCUGUGGGCUUGUAAGGCACUGCAGACUAGAUGGGGAAGAGGAGCCUCGGUAUGUAAACUCUGAACCAAGGCCAGGUUCUUGGAGCUUCUUUAUGCGGCUGCAAAAGGCAGUUGCAAUGAUGGAGACUGGAGGUCCCGCAAUAUUGCUGAACUACAUGAGUCUUCCUAUUCUACGCCCACUCCCCGCCCCCAUCAUUCUUUUCUGGGCUUUGCCUGGGGGCCAUGAGCUGGUGCCAUCACAAGUAGACUAGACCCAGAGAGUGCUAUCAGCUCACCAGCCAUGAGUGCAGGGCCCUAGGUCCAGCCCUGCAGAAAAUGCAGCAAGGAGGGACCCUAAGGAGUAGUGAAUAUAGAUAAGGGAAGGGACUCAGGGAAGGAAUGGCCUGCUGAGUAGUCAGCAGUGCUUCGGAAGGCUUCUUGGAGGAGGUGUCCCUUGAACAAAGCCUAGGAUGAAUAGAAUUCAUCUAAGGGAUUUGUUCAUAAAACUCCUUGUAUUUGUGGGUAGGGAUGUGGCAGGAGCCUUCCAUGGGGGGCUUCCAGGCUGUUUGGAUUCUGCCUGGAACACCCGGGCUGGAGCCAAACUACAGCCAUUCUAAGGGUUCUGCCAAUUCAAGGAGGAACGUCAGGCCUGCCUCUCAAAGACCGAUGAUGUUUUCCCAUCUCUGAAUGCUAGGGGGUCAGUGGUGGGUACCUGGUUACCCCAGGGCAUCUUCACUGAUGACCCUGCUCAGGGCCACUCUCAACAUCCUCAGGCACUAGGGCACACCCAGAAUUUUAGAGAUAUCCAGCAGGCAGCGGGGCAGCACACUGGGAGGGCAGGCCAGUCUGGACUCGCUACAGGCCCCUGCUGUGCAUGAUGUGAGAACCUGGUCAUUUCCGUGCCCCAUCCAGAGCCCAGGGCUGUGGCUCCACCACUGACCAUCCCUUGUCCCGCAGUCCUCCCCUGCCUUGGGCACUGCCCAGACCUCCACUCCUGCAUCACAGCAGUUUUAAGAUCCCAUUAUUGUACUGAUUUAUCCUUGUAAUAAACAUUUCUGUAACACCUGG